AUGCGGUCUGGGGAGGACCCCCAGGAAGUGAUGCCUGCCCUCCCCUACUCUUCUGAGAGUGAGCCUUCCUCCAGGAGCUCCGCCACACAGACCCCUGAGUGCCCGGCCGGCUGGGACUCCAGCAGGAGGCUCACCUGUUGUUUUGGGACCGUGCCGGCUUCUGCCUCCCCGGCCUCACUGAAGACCCUGCGGUCAGGGGCUAUCUUAGCCAGCUGGGACUCUGUUCUGACAAAUAAAGGUCCAAUGACCCAGCCGCAGGCACCCGAGCGGUGGGCGCAUAGCCUGAGCAGUGUCCACAGAGGCACGGAGCCCCGGGAGGUGCGGAGAAGGACAGAGGCGCAGAGCCUGUUCCGAGACCCCCCGCAGCCCUCACAGCGGUGA